GAGCCGACCCCAGUGCACACUAAACCCUAGUGGCGAAGGGAACAUACCGCUCUCUUUCCGACUUCUAAAAUCACAAAAUCCGACCCCUAAACAACACAUCUCCAUUAUAUCUUCAUUCCCUACGAUCAUUUUCAUCAUAUAAAGUAAGAAAGUGGUGAAAAUAAGCUCAAAAAAGACGAUAGAAGAAAGAAAAGGUGAAACAUACGAAUAGAAAUCUGCCAGGGCGUCACCAUGCGGUCCCACGUCCUGCUGGUGGUUUUGGGGGCAGCUCUGACAGCCUCCAGCCUCGCCAAACAAGUACCCAUGGAAAACACAUUCUAUCAACUAGACUGCCCAGGUAACGGACAGAUGGCUUACUUCCUGCUGCACGGGAUAGACGACGCUCUACCUGUGGACUUUACCGACGAGGAGCUCACUGUCUUCGCUAAUGGCAGCAUCAUCUUCAAGUCCAUCAAGAUACACCACGAAGGAACACACCUGUGCAUGAGGCGACAGAGUGUCAAUAAGAUGCGAGGCCACCCUGUCUCGGUGAAGGUGCGGCCUCAACCUCCCAACAACCUCUGGGGUGAAGUGUACGAGUCACAGUUCCUCACAGGCCUGGUAGCUGCCCUUGUCAUCAGCUCUGUGUUUGCUCUCUCCUGCCUCGUCUACAAGUUUCAGUGGCGACCAGUCAAUACGGAUAAUGCCACUGAACCCAUAGUCCGGGAGGAUGGUUAUGACAACCCAGCCAUGGUCAACGCAGAUGAUAUCGAGGCUUCCAACACCAAAAUGUAGUAGUAGCCUCUGACACCAGGGAAGAUGGUGUUAGUGUUGUCACCAGGGAAGACGAUGUCAGUGUUAUCAUCGAGAUGUAAACAAUGGCACCACAUUUAAGUAAUGUUAUCCUCAUAUAGUCUGACAGUGAAUAUUUCAAGUUGCUCAUCAUUACAUCAAGAUUAAGACAUAAAUACUGUAAUCACUGACACUCUUUUGUUUAUGAUGAUUUAUUCAUUAAGCUCUGCCCUCUGUUGUGCAUCCUUAGCAACUGUCAAGUCCUAGGAAUUGAUUGGUUGAUGGUUGCUAUGGGCUUCACUUCGUAACCAUUAGCCAACCAGCUGCUGAGAAUUGACUUGGUUGUCAGGGAUGCAUAAAGGGGGUCCAUCUAUAUUUGGGGUAAGGAAUAAUGAACAAAUAUUAAUGUUAAGUGGACAUAAUGUUGAUAUUCAACCAUCUGUCAGUAUUAUAUAUUGAAAAUUGUGUUGAUUUAUUUGGAUCAAAAUAUAAUGGUGUAAAACAUAUGACACAGAGGUACUGUGUGUGUGUGUGUGUGUGUGUGUGUGUGUGUGUGUGUGUGUGUGUGUGUGUGUGUGUGUGUGUGUGUGUGCCAUUACCCAUUUUAUUGAAAUUUCUUUCGUAUGUUAAAUUACAUUGUUUUUAUCUUCAAAUUCAUAAAUCAUUCCACAACGAAAGA